CUCAGCGCAAACAAUUUACAAUGACUCUAUUUGUUUUCCAUUCGUGAGAUAAAAAUUGUCGGCAGAUUCUACCGAACGGUACCAUGCGGUAACCUCCAAGUCUAAGUAAAAGCGCGCGGUACAUAUCGGCGGCGGUGCUAUGAAUACAUGCGCGACAGACUUUUUGGAUCACUGUCAAGUUCAAAGAUGAGAAAAGAGUAGCAUUUUGCGAUAGUUUUCCCAAAUGCGAUUCAAAUGCUGAACCGAGUGUUUUCUGAACAGAAAACAAAUCAGGUUGAAGCGGAAAAAAUAACCAGAUGUAGAAAAUCCGAGUCGAAAACCGUUUUGUGAAUGAAACGGCUCAGGUGGAGAAAAUGGUUUGGAAAACGAUCGGUAUUGGUAGAAAGUGUUGGUGCAUAAGGCUGUAGAACUUUGACGCGUCGAUUGGAAUUCGUUCAUUACACAUUCGUACACAUUAUUGAAUCUUUGUUGAUCAGCUUGUGCAGUUAGAGUACCUUUUGAGGAGAUAUAAUUCAUAAUCUGUUAUUCAUUUAAUCUAACGGUAUGCUGUCCAAGAAAACUUGGAACUAAUGGUCAACAAAAUAAUCAUUGGAUAUGUUGGUGUGCGCGGCAUCGUGUUUGUUUUGAUUAGAAACAUAUGAUCACACAACCGGACUGACAGUACGUUGAUCACAACCUAAGAUCACGACUAAUCAUAUCAUGAAGGCCAAGUUCAUCGGAGACGACGGAAUUGCAAUGACUGUACAUGAAAUUGAAGAAUUAAACGGGAGGUCCACGUCUGACAGCAUGUUUGUUGGGCUAUUGGCUACCCAUUUGGUAGGAGCGGAUAAAUUUAAAAGACAUGAGUGUCACUGGUCAACCCUGUCAUCGCUAUGCAAAACUGAAAAAAACCAGAUGGAUCUCCGCUGUAUCCAGCAGCCAGGGAAAUUGGACCCUCACAUAUUGGAUUUCAUUUUCAACAAGGUUGCUGAACGAGUUGCCUUAACGGUUGGUCCCACGAAAGUCAAGCUGAUCAGGAAACAAUCAGAAAUGGUUGUUAUCAAGAGGUCGCCAACCUAAAGAAGGCGGCGAUUGCUGUAUUAAAUAUGGGCGGAGUAGAGAUCGCAAACGUAGUUUGAGAUCUAUAGAGAAGAAAAAAGUUAACCGAAUUUGCAAAAACAUUUUUAUUGACAGUGAUUGGUUUUCGAACCAUCAGCACUAACAAUAAGUGCUUGCGAUGUUGUUCGUGAUGUUCAGUUUUUAAAGGUGCGUUACUAGACAGAGCUCUGCUGAAUUUGAAAAAAAGAAAAGAAAAACAUUGUACUCUCUAAUUAAUUUUACGUAAUGUUAAGUGGCUUAUACAUUUACACUUGUUGGGUGAUAUACCAUGGCGUUUAAUCACUUCAACGAACCAUACACUUAUUAUAACACAAGAUAUCCAUUUCAAAAUGAAACCUUAUAAUCCGAAUA